GCGGCGACGGCACCCACUGCUUCCAACCUCAGACGUCCCGCCGCUAACGCUAAUUGAGCGAGGGCGACUUGCGCCGGCCCCACCAUGGAUUCGCCUCCGCCGCAACGCAGACUCCAAUCGCUGGUCGACGACGCCAUCCGCGAGACUUUGCUCCGGAUCCCGCCGGACGACCCGGCGAGGCUCGUCCGCGCCUCCGCUGUCUCCACCGCCUGGUUCGGAAUCGUCUCCGACCCUUCCUUCUUUCGCGACUACCGGACCUUCCACGGGAAGCCGCCGAUAUUGGGCUACCUCGACAACAAAUCCUACGAGAGCCACAACGUCGCCCAAUUCAUCCCCACCGGAGCCUUCCGCCCGCUCGUUUGCGAGCGCCGCGACUGGGACGCGGUCGACUCCCGCCAUGGCCGCGUCCUCUUCUACACUCCCAAGGAGGACACUGAUUUCAUCGUUUGGGACCCCAUCACCGACAACCAGCAGGUGAUUUCCACCGAUCCCAAGAUAUUUGAGAUACUUUGUACUGCAGAGGGGAUAACCUGGAUGGCCACUGUGCUCUGCGCCAAGGACGCCUGCGAUCACCUGGGCUGCCAUGACGGUCCCUUCCUCGUGGCUUUCAUGGGCUCCAACGAGGUAGAAAAGACCAUGUUCGCCUCUGUUUACUCAUCCGAGACUACCGAGUGGAGCGAAAUGAUCUCAGUUGAGAAUCCGCAUGGUAUCUAUCCGCUUGCCACCAACACAUGUCCGUAUGCCAUUGAGGAGAAGGGCCACACUGCCGUUGUCGGAAAGAAAAUCUAUUACCCCGUCAAGUGGAGCUACUGGACCAUGAAAAUUUUGAUGUACAAUGUCGGCGAGCAGGAACUUUCACUUAUCAAUUUGCAGGGCCAGGCACCGGCGCGCGGUUUACUCAUGGGAGAGGAAGACGGUGCGCUGGUGUUUGCAGCCAUAAAGGCGUCUAAACUCUCUGUGUGGUCAAUGGAGGAUGGUCCCAAUGGAGUUGUGGCGAGAGGGAAACGCAGGGACAUGAAGCUUGAAACUACUCUCACUCCUCGUGCCCUCUCAUGGAUGGUAGGUGAAACCUUCAAGGAUGGUAGAGGCACAUUGGUUGGUUUCGCGAACGGUGCCGGUGUCAUCUUCCUAAAUACAGAAGAUGGGCUCUUUACAGUUGAGGUCGGUUCUGGCCAAACAAAGAAGAUACACAGAAACUGCAGCUUCGAGACAGUAAUACCCUAUGUGAGCUUCUACAGUCGAGAGCAUGCCAGGUUCGUAAUGCCACUACAAUCAAAAUCAUACAAGAAGUGAAGCGGCCACCAUUUUGAAUGAGUAGAUGAAUUAUGGAGCUGCAUGGAUAAUGGUCAAGUUUCUGUGGAGAAAUGCUGGAGCCUUUUGAGAGUAUGAUUGAAGUAUUGAACUUCUGAUUUGGUUUCAGAGGAACAAUAGCUUUCUGGUCAGUUCGUUGGUUUCAGAGGAACACUAGCUUUCUGGUCAGUUUGUUGGUUUCAGAGGAAGGACCGCUUUCUAUUCAAGUAUUCAGUUCGUCCAGUGUGACCAUAAUUCUAAGGUUGUUAUGUUGUUAUGCCGUGUGACCAACUGUGUGCAUUGUGCUUGUUACUGAGAUUUGUCAAAUUGUGUUGUGACAACUGCAUGCUCUUGGCAACGCAACAGUAUGAAUUAAUAUGUGGACUUUGAUGUAA